GUCCGCCCGCGUUGCUCCUGGAUUGCGCCCAGCCUUGGCCCGCAAUCCAUCCGCGCUUUCCGGCGCCACCCACCACCGGGCCGGCCGGCCACCGCGCGCCAUAUAUACCCGCGCCGCGGCCUUAUCCCGCCUCUCGAUCUAUCCAUCAUCGGCUGACGAAAGCGAGGGAGCGGGCGGGGCUUCCGGGCAAGUUGUUCGUUGUUUCUUCGUCGUCUCCGUGGGCGCAAGGGCUCGCGGAUCCCCGAGAAGACGGCGAGGAAAGGGAACGGCAAGCUUUGGCCGCCCGGUGCUCCAGUACACUUGCAGUCGGCGUGAUACACGGAUCGGAGAUUAAUAAGGCCUAGCUCAAAAACAAGCUACCACAGUGAGAUUUGGUCGACAUCUAGCAGAAUAAUAACUUGGAUCAGAAAAAAAAAGGAGAUGGACGCUUUCACUCAUGUUCCUCCAGGCUUUCGUUUCCACCCUACCGAUGAGGAACUCGUUGAUUACUACCUUAGGAAAAAGGUAGCACUGAAGAAGAUAGACCUGGAUGUCAUAAAAGAUGUGGAUCUGUACAAAAUUGAACCUUGGGAUCUACAAGAAAAAUGCAAGAUUGGAAACGAAGAGCAGAACGAGUGGUACUUCUUCAGUCACAAGGACAAGAAAUACCCUACGGGCACUCGCACCAACAGAGCAACGACGGCCGGUUUCUGGAAGGCCACCGGAAGGGACAAGCCGAUCUAUGUGAAGAACUGCCUCGUAGGGAUGAGGAAGACACUGGUUUUCUACAAGGGCCGGGCGCCGAAUGGACAGAAAUCAGACUGGAUCAUGCACGAGUAUCGCCUGGAGACCAACGAAAACGGAUUUCCACAUGAGGAAGGAUGGGUGGUCUGCAGGGUGUUCAGGAAGCGACUCGCCACCGUCCAAAGAAUGGCAGGGGACUCACCUUACUGGUUCAGCGACCACGCCGGGUUCAUGGCGCCGGAGCUGCUGGGCUCGCCGAGGCAGGCGGCGGCGCAUCACCAGCAGAGCGCUGCUGCGAUGUACCACAGGCCCCAGAGCAGCAGCAGCAGCUACCACACUUGCAAGGUGGAGCUGGAGUACCACCACCUCCUCCCCCAGGAGCACUUCCUGCAGCAGCUCCCCCAGCUGGAGAGCCCCACCAACAAGCUCCCCGACCUCAUCGGCCAAGUAGCCGCCACACUCCAACCAUGCAGCCUCACACAGGAGCACGGCGCCCCUCGCUACACCGUGCCGGAGCUUCAUGGUGCCGAGCCCGUCUACCUGCCAGCUGGGGACGCAUCGGGCACGGAUUGGAGGGCUCUCGACAGGUUCGUGGCGUCUCAGUUCGUCAGCCACGGUGACACUGACACCACCCCCAAGGGAUCCAGUUACUCCGAUCCGGCGGUGCAGGUGUUUCAUCAGCAGGCCGAGGAGAAGGAAGAAGAGGCCCUGGAGUACGUGUCAACGUCGGCCUCCUGCGGAGGGGAUAACGACUUGUGGAAAUAGCAGGGUAAAUGGUAUUCACACACUACUAAAUCGCUUAAUUGUGCAUUGCAUUGUAGUACAAGCUAAGCCCCAAUAAUUAACAUUGUGGUGUGAUUGAUGUAACCUAGUGUAUAAGUAGUCAACCGAUUCAAUGUGUCAUGGCAAAAAAGGUUGUACAUAAUAAAGUGUAACCGGUGAGGCUACACUUCCACGUGUAUGUUGGCAUAAGGUCUGAUGUUGAUACGGCUUUAGCAACUGACCUGGCAAUUCGUGAAGAUUUAUAGUCGAGGUGUCAAAGACAACGCCUAUUUGUAUGUUGAUGCAUGUAUACAGGUGUAGCUAUAUUUGUCAUUCUUUAUUUACUCUAUCCCCAUCUAGUG